GUCACCCCAGUAGUAAGGAGAUUACAUGAGGAGGAGGUUUGUUACAGUGUGUCACCCCAGUAGUAAGGAGAUUACAUGAGGAGGAGGUUUGUUACAGUGUGUCACCCCAGUAGUAAUCAAUAGCAAAGCGAAAAGAAACCUUGGGAUGGCGCUGCUGGUUCCAGUGGUUCGGGUAACAAACUGUAGCCAGAGAUGCAGAUAAUACAAAUCACUGGACAGUUUAUUGGACAGACCAUAAAACAAUAAAACAGGAGGAUUACGCAUUUCGGGGGAGCCUCCCCCUUCUUCAGAUCAGUAUGUCAACAGUUACAAUCAUGCAGGUAUAUAUGCAGGAGAAAAUGGGCGCCAAAAGCGCACUGGGAGGGGCUACAAACAGCUGACCCAGUUGUCUCCUCUUCUCCUGAAUGAUCCCCCAAGGAUGGACAAGGACAGGAAUAAGAUGACUAAGAGAAUAUUACACUUCACCUUGGAGAUCCUCCACCUGCUGACCGGAGAGGAUUACACCAUAGUGAAGACGACAUGGGGGGAGUGUGUGGCCCCCAGCAGCCAUCUCCAUGAGUCAGAAGCACAGAGCAGGGCCCCGGACCCCAUCACAGAGCCUCCACCUCACUCACUGAUACAUGAGGAGAAGAUCCUAGAACUCACCCACAGGAUCACUGAGCUGCUGACUGGACAGGUUCCUAUAAGGUGUCAGGAUGUGGCGGUCUAUUUCUCCAUGGAGGAGUGGGAGUAUGUAGAAGGACACAAGGAUCUGUACCAGGACAUAGUCAUGAUGGAGGAUCACCGGCCCCUCACAUCACAAGAAAAUCCCAGUAAGAAUUCUGAGGGAAACUUCAUGUUAUCCCUGAAUGAUAAAGGAGAAUAUGAAGAUAUGAUGGAGCGCUCCUCAGGAGAAGACCUCCUUACCCCUAAUGUCCAUCCAGAUCUAUCCUAUAAUAAUCCACCUGAUCAUGAGGAACCUUCUCCUGACCAACCACACAUUGUUACCACAAGGACAGAUCAGGAACAUGGGAAAGGCUUGUAUUGUGAGGAAUGUGGAAGAGAGUUUACUAGAAGAUCAAGUCUUUUUAGACACAGGAGAAUUCACACAGGAGAGAAGCCAUAUUCGUAUUCAUGUUCAGGAUGUGAGAAAGGUUUUAUAAGUAAAUCAGAUCUUCUGAUACAUGAGAGAAUUCACAUUAGGAAGAAGACAUAUUCAUGUUCAGAAUGUGGGAAAUGUUAUACACACAAAUCAAAUCUUGUAACACAUGAGAGAAGUCACACAGGAGAGAGGCCAUAUUCAUGUUCAGAAUGUGGGAAAUGUUUUACAAGUAAAUCAUAUCUUAGGAAACAUGAGAGAAUUCACACAGGAGAGAAGCCAUAUUCGUGUACAGAAUGUGGGAAAUGUUCAAUAAGUAAAUCAGAUCUUGUUAAACAUAAGAGAAUUCACAUUGGAGAGAAGCCAUAUUCAUGUUCAGAAUGUGGGAAAUGUUUUACACAAAAAUCAGUUCUAGUUAUGCAUGAGAGAAUUCACACAGGAGAGAAGCCUUAUUCAUGUUCUGAAUGUGGGAAAUGUUUUACAAAUAAAUCAAAUCUUGUUCAGCAUGGGAGAAGGCACACAGGAGAGAAGCCGCAUUCAUGUUCAGAAUGUGGUAAAUGUUUUAUAAAUAAAUCAGAUCUUGUUAUACAUAAGCGAAUUCACACAGGAGAAAAGCCAUUUUCAUGUUCACAAUGUAGGAAAUGUUUUAUUAGUAAAUCAAAUCUUGAUAAGCAUGAGAAAAGUCACACAGGAAAGAAGCCAUAUUCGUGUUCAGAAUGUGGGAAAUAUUUUAGAACUAAAGGAAAUCUUAUUACACAUGAGAGAAUUCACACAGAAGAGAAGCCCUAUUGAUGUUCAGAAUGUGGGAAAUGUUUUAUAAGUAAAUCACAACUUUCUAGACAUGAGAAAAGUCACACUGGAGACUGAUAGAUGAAAUAAUAAAUGAUAAAAAUAUAAUAAUAUGGAGAAUGGAAAUCUGAGAUCUCAGGUGACAGUAAAAUGUGAUGUUUCUAAGUUCUGUUGUGAGAAUUAACCCUCGAAUAAACUUCCUAAUGAAACCUAAGCAGAAGCUAAAGCCAACAUCAUCUCUUGGUCAUCAGCACCUGGGGUCAUGUGACCUUUGUAGGUAAAUAACGGUAAUGAGAAGUAAUAUGUAAUGCUAUUGUGUAUCAUUUAGUAGUGACUUGUAGCUCUACACUACAGUAUGAUUGGAUGAUUUCUAUGGAUGAUAAUGAUUGGUGAUUACUAUGUAUUACCUCGGCCUCAUUUCCAUUAGAAAUAUUACUGAUUGUAUCUCAUGUGUCACUUCUGUCCUAUCAGGAUCAGGACACUUCUGUGUUGUCACCAAUAACCCUUAGGCCGGGGUCACACACAGGAUUUGGUCGGUAUUCUCAGGUAUAAUACAGGAUAUAAAUCGAGAUUUUCUUAGCUACCGUGACGGAAAAUAUUAGUUAUAUGAAGACAGGAGGUGAGUAUCUUGCAUUAAUCUUUCUUUCUUUAAUGCUCAUAGCAGAAACAUCAUAAUGCUAAAACGUAUACAAAAUUUUUUUUUCUUCCAAAACUACAAUUCCCAGCAGUCCCUUGUGCACUCCUCCCCCUCCCAGCCUGACUGGCUGCUAUAUAAAGGACUGCUUGUAGAUCCUCUUCCUCUUUCUU